AGCUAAAACCCACCGGCGAUUUAUAUUCAAACUCGAAAUGAAAGUGCGUUUGGGGAGGACACAUAUCGAAGAAGGACGAUAAUAAUAACGGAGUGGCAGCGAAGAACGGAACGUGUCCGCGAGGUCGUCUAGCGGGAGAGACGGAGCGAUGAAAUCAGUUCCGUGUGCUCAUGCUAUCGGUGGAUUUGUUACAUCGCAGGAUCGUUGAGAGGCUAGGCGGCUUGCUCCAGGCGUUCAUCCAGCAGUGGUACUUGCCAGGAGCGGUGAUGAUGAAUGUGUACCGUGGUGGAGGGGGUGUGGCCGGUGUGAGAUAUAAUUGGAGUAAAGGCGAUACAAAAAUGUGCGUUAAAAAAAAACCAAAGAAAACGAGGACGUAACAAUUUCGGGUGAUGCCGAAUUUUAAAUUGCGCAGGAAGGCGGAUCGUACCACCCAGCGGCUGUCAAGACCACUGCGAGGUGGCGGACGACACCGCUGGCUGCGCGCAGCUUCUCUUCAACGCGUUGGAGUCUCUCGCCUCGAGGAUUCUCCUCGGUCGGCGCCCAGCCUCGCAAUCGGCGGCGAAACGAAGACCUCUCCAUUGCGCGCACAUCCCUCCGCAACCACCCCCCUCCCCCCCCCCCCCACACAUCGCAGCGUCGUCUUAAGCCACUCCACGUCACAGCUGCUCCGGGGAGAGAAGCUCUGAGCGUGGCGGUGAGAGGGGCUGCCUUGCCUGCGCAUGCUGUUGGAGGGAACCUUGUCUUUACACACACACACGCUACAACACGGUAGCGGCCACGGCAGUAACAGUCUCGUGUGUGUCUCUCUCUCUCUCUCUCGAGGCUUGUUUAUUUAUUACAGCGUUUGUGUUAUUUUUUCUUACCUGUUAUUUUGUUUGUUGCUGGUUUGGGCAGCGGUUGACCAACCCGCGCGUGAAUUGUCAUCGGACCAGCGACGGAAGGGAUUUUGGGCUCGCGAAACGUUUUUUUAUUUUCUGAUUUGCUGGCUUGCCUAGUCGCUCGCACACACACAGAGCCCGCAUCUUCUUCACCCCAGAGCGCGAAGCAUCCAGGAGAACGAACGAACGAACGCACGCGCGAAUCGACUCAUCUUGUCCCGACUACAUACGAGCCAAGGGUGGGGGGGGGGGGGCAAGUGAAAUUAAUACUCUGCGCGCGGCUGACAUAAUAACCAGUUGUGCGUUCCUCGUUGCGUUACAAAAAAAAACAACAACCUGGGCGUUCGCCGCGUCUCCUCGUUUUUGGGACUCGGGGAAGAGAAGCCGACGCUGCCUCCCCAGCUCGGCAGGGAAGAGCAGGAGGCAUAAGAGUGGAUUUCGAGAGAGACACUUCCAGGGGGUCGACUUCGGUGUCGUCUGCGAGGAAGCUGUCAUCCGCCGGCACCACCCCUCCACCUACCCGCGCACAGCGUGGAGGCGGCUGUCACGUGCAGGAGAGAGAGACGAGAAGAAGAGGUCUUGGUGAGGGAGGCGACGAUGGCAGCCAACAACACCACCAGCAUAGCGCAGGCACGGAAAGCGGUGGAACAGCUGAAGCUGGAGGCGAACAUGGACAGAAUUAAGGUAUCAAAAGCAGCAGCGGAUCUGAUGGCUUACUGCGAAAUCCACGCCAAGGACGAUCCUCUACUGUGCCCUGUCCCUGCCUCAGAAAACCCCUUUCGAGAAAAAAAACUAUUUUGUGUCAUCUUGUAGAGAGUGAGUGCCAAACAAUAAGAAACAAAAAAAUAACCUACACAGUAGAGAUUAAAAAAGUUAACGAAAAAAAUUGGAAGCCCCCAGCUACAUUUUACAAUACAGCAACGCUGGUGCAGAGAUCAUCAAGAAUGGUGGAAAAAUGAAGGCAGAAAAAGAGCAAAGCACGAGUCGAAUGAGGGGGGGAGGCUGCCUUACUGGGCAGAGCCACCCAGCUGGCCACAGCCGACGUCCGGUGGCUGAAACGAAAAAGCUUGACGAGCGGUCGUGAUCACAGACAUGUUUUAGGUAUUGCUUGUGUAAAAACAAAAAUAUGCCCCCCCCCCCCCCUAUCUGAAGUCUUUCCUUUUUUAUGAUUUGUAUGCCUUUGCAGGUGCUCACGAAGAGCUCCUUUCGCCUAGCUAAUGCGUAAAACUUGAUAACGGUGCAAUGGUAAAAGGUUGUUUUCCAUGACUGAAUGGACAAUAUUUUUAGGAUAGGUGACUGUUAUGUCAAUUGCGCUAUAGCAGUUUUAUAAUUACAGUAAUUGAAAUGUUGCCAUUAACUAUAUAUUAUCUUAUUUGACAAGGUGGCAAUGUAAAUACUUUUCACAAUUUUUAUUAUUUAAAAUGUGCAUGCAUCUAAACACUGAACACUGAAUGGGUAGACUUGCAAUUUUCCUUGCAGAAUGAUUUAGAAACGCAAGUGAAUUUCUUCGUAACAAUAUUUGGGUCUGCACCUCACUUUUGUCUUCUACCGUAUGCCUGUUAAGCCUGGUCAAUUUUGCUUUGAAUUUAAAUAAACUUUUGGUACUUACAUUUUGAUUUAAAGCUCUCGUGACUGCAGGGAUUCAUAUUCUUGGUUCUUUCGGUAAAGUCACAUAGAAGGGAAACAAUAAAAUAAUAAUUGUUUUAUAUUUUUAUAAUUUUAUUGUUUCCCUUCUACGUGGCUUUACCGAAAGAACCAAGAAUAUUUUGGUACUUAAAAUUAUCCAAGAUGCAGCUUUUAUGCAUCGUAUAAUAUUCCACCAAUUUACACUGCAGUUGUCCAUAAACGUUGUUACAGGCGUUAUGGUUUGAAUUACAUUUGUGACUUUGCAAUUUAUUGCCCAAAAUAAAAUGUCCAUCAUGGUAUAUCCUGAAAAAAGCCUGUGAUACUUCCAUUGUCAAUGUUGCCUCUAAUUGGAUGAUCAGUGAUAGCAAGAUAAACACUUAUUUUAUACACAGCAUCGUGGCGCGUGAUUGAACCCCCUUUUCCUGUUCAAUGAAGUGCAGGUGACUACAUGACCUAAAUAUCACAUAUGCAAUUGAAAUAUAGUAAUCAACAAAUGCACAUCCCUUUGUAAAUCUGCUGCUGGAUAUGAAUCAUAAUUUGCCAUUCUGGUCAGUGCGGGGUCGGUGGUGUGGACCAUUGAUAUAUUACCUACUGCCUACAACCCACAGACAAUAAUGCCUGUUAUAUGCAUGGUGAUCGCCUAGCUUCAGAGAUGCGACAAAGUCGGGUGAAUUCCAGGUGAUUUAGUAAAUGCCAUCAAACCAUAUAAAAUGGAAAUAUUCUAGAGCUAAAAAAAAACUCAUUGUGCAUUGAUAGCCACUUUUCUUGCCACUUGAUGGUGGACGUAAAUUUACUUUUAGUUUGUUUUGCACAACAUGUAUAUGUAUCUGCUCUGCUUGAUAUUGUACCCAAAAUGAGGAUGUGUUGUAUAUUUAAUUGUACAACUUUUAGUCAUUGAACGUUUACUACAUCUUAUUAACUUGUGUAUAUAUAAUAAAGUGUAAUCAGAAAUCUA